AUGAACAACAACAACGUUAACAAUCAAAGUGAUGAUUUCAUCAUCAACGGUGUCGCUAAUGAUGAAGCACUUGCUGUUUCUCGUCAAUUGGCUAAUGUUCGUGUUCAUAUCGAACAACACCUAAAAUCUAAAGAAGUACAUAAAAGAUUAAAUCAUGAAAAUCAAGAAGACAAAGCAGCUUAUAGCACCGUUGAUCAUUUCAUAGAUUGUUUUGAAGCAAUUCUACAUCAACACGAAAUUGAUCAGAACAUGCAUUGGAAACGAUGUUUUGUUAGUACAGUUAUUCAUAAUCAUGAUCGAUUGACAUGGUAUAAUACUGAACUAAAAAAUAAAGAUAUCACAUGGGAAGAUGCCAAAGUGAUCAUCAAAAACAAGUAUGGAGGCAAACAUUCUAAAAGUGCUUACCUUACUAAAAUACAAAAAAUGAAGGUUAAAAACAGAGAAUCACCUGUUGAUUUUGCUGACCGCUUCAUGAACAACCUAAUCAAUGCUGGAAUCCCUGAUGGUGUAGCCUUUGAUGACAGAGUAUUGAACAUUUUAUAUAAAUCGAAAUACAAAGAAGUCGCUGGAGCUAUACAACAAAGUUAUUCACAAAUAUCUGAGAUCGAUGGUAGAACAGAAUUGAAUGUAGAUUUUAUUAGAAGAAAACUACCUAUUCUAUAUAUACCAGAGACAUAUGAAUCAGAUGAGAUAUCGAUGAAGAACCUAAAAGACAAAAGACCCAAAGUCCAAAACACAAAACACUUACCUACAAUUGAAGAUAAACCCUUUAACUUCAAACAAAUCCAAGAGUUAAAGUUGGCCGGUAAAUGCACCUCUUGCACAAAAAACUACUCCAAGGAGCAUCGCUGCAGUGAAUAUAUUCAAGAUAAGGCGGCAAGAGAAAUCCACAAGAAAAAAGAUGCGUGCCAUGAAGUUGGAAGACGAAAAGCUAUCAAAAAAUAUAAAAAAAACUGGAAGAUAAAGUCAAUGAACAUGUAGACGUAAACAUGGAGGAUCUAUCCGUAAACGAUUCUGAAUGUAAGUACCUAAAAAGUGCUGCUAUAAAAAACAAAAGUAAAAAGUCAAUAACCUAAAAAACAAUUCUAUCAUUGUACCUGUUAUCAUAGAAAACGUGAAAACUUUUGCUUUGGUAGAUACUGGCAGUACUUUUACAGGCAUAGAUAAAAAAUUUAUUGUAAAAAAUAAUAUAAAUCAUGUUAAAAUAAAUAAAGGUUAUAUAAGUCUAGUAGUAGAAGAAAAGAAAACAAAAAGAAUUGGAAAAACAAAAAAUUUAAAAAUU